UCACAGCAGUGCGUGUCUCAGCCGGCCACACCAGGUGGCGCCCUGCCCAUACCCUCGCCCCUGUCGCCCAGCCCGGCCAGCCUGUCGUCCUACCACGGAGAUGACAGCGACAGCAUCAGCAGCCCCCCCUGGCCCCUGAAGACCUCGUCCAGCCCCAAACCCAACCCAAACUCCUCCUCCUCUUCCUCCUCACUGGGCGGAGACAGAGUCGUUCGACUCUACGAGAUGGGUGUGGAGCCCGAAAGGCGGAGCUGGGUGGAGCGGUACCUGAACUUCAUGGAGGAGAGGGGCACGCCUGUGACCCAGCUGCCCACUGUGGGCAAGAAGCCACUGGACCUGUGGAGGCUCUACAUGGCCGUCCGCGAGAUCGGAGGCCUGGCAAUGGUGAACAAGAACAAGAAAUGGCGUGAACUCUCCACCACUCUGAACGUCGGCACUUCCAGCAGCUCCGCCAGCUCCCUGAAGAAGCAGUACAUCCAGUUUCUGUUUGCCUACGAGUGUAAGAUGGAGCGGGGAGAGGAGCCCCCGGCCGACAGCAGCGGCAGGCGGACAAAGCAGGUCAAGAUCCAGCCGCCGUCACCUGCUAAUUCAGGCGGCUCCUUCCAAGGCCCCCAGACCCCCCAGUCUUCAGGCAGCAGCUCCACAGCAGACGCAGCAGUGGAUCUGAAGCCCCCCACCCCAGCUACCACCCCACUGGGUCAGGUCACACCUCUGCCUCCCAACAGGACUAGCGUCAGUGUUCAGGACCCCUUCUCUGAGGUGAGCGACCCAGCCUUCCAGAAGCGUACCACCUCCCUACCCCCCUCGGCUCCUUACCAGCAGGGCCUCAACAUGCCUGAAAUGAUGAUGAGGAUGCAGUACGACGCCAAGGACCCCUUCGCUGGGAUGAGGAAAAUGGCAGGAGCUGAUCCAUACAUGCCCAGUCAGAUGCCUGCUGGUGGUAUGCAGGACAUGUACGGUCGACCCCCCACUGCACUCAGCAUCAACCAACGCUCACAGUACCCAUACGGGCCGGGCUACGACAGGAGACCUGAUCAUGUGAUGGGGAUGGAGGGUGGGGGGGGCAUGGGCCCCCCAGGGAGUCAGAACAACCUGGGCCCUGCUAACAGUGAAGGCAACAUGUACUCUCCCAGCAGAUAUCCUUCACAACAGAGACAUGAUGGCUACGGUCAGCAGUAUCCCAGCAUGCCAUAUGGGAUGCAUCCAUCUGGGAUGUAUCCACAGCAGCAGGGCUACAAACGGCCCAUGGACGGCAUGUACGGACCUCCACCCAAGAGGCAUGAAAGUGACAUGUACCCCAUGGCGUAUGGCAACCAGCAGCCAGACAUGUACAACCACUACCCCAGUGGCUAUUCAGAACACAGAGCCCUGCAGGGGCAGUUCUCCUACCCCUACCCCCGUGACCGUAUGGGCCCCUCUGGCCAGAGCCAACACGGUAUGAUGGGUGGAGUUCCUACCCCUAACCACGUCGCCGAUGGGCCCAACAUGUGGCCCUCCAGGACGGACCUGGGCUAUCCCUAUCCCAACCGACAGGGACCCCCAUCUCAAAUGGCGCCGUACGGCUCUAUGGGCAGAGACGACAUGGACGGGCGUCCGGGUCAGGACCAGUGGCAUCGUCAGUCUCCCUACAUGUCCUCGUCCGGAGGUAUGCCUCCCUUGCCUUCCCGCCAGCCGUCAUCGUAUUCCAACUCCUCGUCCAUGGUCAACCACCUGCCCAGAGCCCCCAGUCCGGGGGCCUUCCAGCGAUCUCUGGACUCCCGUAUGUCCCCCAGCAAAGUACCGUUCAUGUCCCCUAUGAAGAUGCCCAAGCCUGGCAUGUCCAUGAUGGGCCCCCAGGGCAGUGGACCCAUGGGGCAGUACCCUCCCAACCUGAGGAGGGAUCUCAACUACCCACAGGGGUCAGUGGAGGCCACACUGCCCAUCCUGAAGCCCCGUCGAAAGCUGACCUCGAAGGACACCGGAACGCCUGAGGCCUGGCGCAUCAUGAUGUCUCUGAAGUCGGGCCUGUUGGCGGAGAGCACGUGGGCUCUAGACACAAUCAACAUCCUGCUGUACGAUGACAGUACGGUGGCCUCUUUUAACCUCUCCCAGUUGCCUGGGUUCCUGGAGCUUAUCGUAGAGUACUUCCGUCGCUGUCUGAUCGAGAUCUUUGGAAUCCUGGAAGAAUUUGAGGUGGGGACUGUAGCACAGAGGAAUCUCCUUAAUCCGACCUCCGACCAGAAGAACAAAAGUCAGACCUCAGACCCCGAAGAGGAGUUGGAUGUUCGGCCCGAGCCACAGUCCAUUGCUGCUGCAGUGAAACCAGGGGAGCAAACAGGACGAACAGCACAGGAAGUUCCAUCUGUAGCUGCAGAGGCAGGAACGGCUGUGGGAGACGACGGGAAGGAGGACGGUGCUGAGGCUAGCAUCAAGACGGAGAGCAAGAAUAAUGAAGCGAGGCAGGAAGAGGCUAAAGAAGUGAAAGAAGAAGAGGAGGAGAGGGCGAAGGAUCCAGAGAGUAAGAUGGAGUCGACAAACCAGUCCGUGUUAGAGCUAGAACCUAAACCUAAACAAGCCAGCAAGUACGAUAAACUUCCCAUCAAAAUCGUCCACAAAGAGGACCUAAUUGAAGACAUCACCGAGCGCUUAGGAUACAUCACUGAGUUCACCAGUGGUCUGCUGCACUGGCAGGCUGGUGGAGGCGACUCCACGGCCCACAUCCAGACACACUUUGAACCGCGGCUUGGACCACCUGCUGGGGCAGAGGAGAAAGUGCAAACAGAGAACGGGGAAGAAAACGAAGCAGAGAACCAAUCAGUGAAAAGCAUCACGGCCACCAUCGAUGACGUCCUCUGCGCUCGGGUCGAUGCCCUGUCGUACAACCACCCUGCACGCUUCUUCCCAUCCUACCCCUUCAGGGUGCACUCUGACGGCCAGCAGGACCACAUCACGCUGCUGGAGGACGAGCCUCGCUGCCUGGACGACGCGCCGCUCUCCACGACGUCCGCCUGGCAGGAAUCGCUGUCCAAGCGGUGUCUCUGUGUCUCCAACAUCGUCCGAAGCCUGUCCUUCAUUCCAGGCAACGACUUGGACAUGUCACGCCACCCGGCACUGGUCCUGCUGCUGGGUAGGCUGCUUCUGCUGGACCACCAGCACCCAGAGAGAAACAGAUCGCCCCCUAGCUUUCAGAGAGACGAACAGCAGGAGCAGGGCUUGUCGAGCAGCAAAGAGGAGUGGUGGUGGGAGUGUCUGAGCCUGCUCAGGGAAAACGCCAUGGUCACGCUAGCCAACAUCUCCGGGCAACUGGACCUCUCCACCUACUCGGACACCAUCUGCCUCCCCAUCCUGGACGGUCUCCUCCACUGGAUGGUGUGUCCAUCGGCCGAGGCCCAGGACCCUUUCCCUUCAGCAGCGCCCCACUCCCUGCUCAGUCCCCAGAGGUUGGUGUUGGAGUGCCUUUGCAAGCUCAGCAUCCACGACGGAAACGUAGACCUCCUGUUGGCCACGCCGCCCUUCAGUCGACAGGAGAAACUGUUCAGCGUCCUGCUCCGCUACGUGGGUCAGAGGAACGCGCAGGUGUACAGGGAGAUGGCGGUGGCCGUCCUCUCCCACCUGGCACAGGGAGACCCCACGGCUGCACGCGCUAUAGCCAUGCAGAAGGGCAGCGUGGGUAAUUUGGUAGGCUUCUUGGAGGAUGGCGUCAGCAUGGCGCAGUACCAGCAGAACCCUCACAGCUUACUGCACAUGGGCCACCCGCCUUUGGACCCACCUAGCAUCAACAUGCUGUGCAGAGCAGCUAAAGGCCUCCUGGCUAUGGCUAAGGUGGAAGAGAACAAGACAGAGUUUGUGCUGUAUGAAAGCAGGUUGUUAGAAAUCUCCAUCUCCUCGGUGCUCAGUGCAGGAGUGGUGGCCGUCAUCUGCCAAGUCCUCUUUCACUUGGGGAAGUUAUGACAGGAGGAGCGGCUGGACUUCUGAUGACAAAACGUGUCUGUGGUUUUUUUUCUAUUUUUUAUUUAUCAAAAUAACAGAACAUGUUUGUUUGUUUUUUCACAUCAACAAAUGAUUAAUGUAAAGCUUCCAGAGCCCGUGGGGAAACCCCGGUUCUGGGUUCUUUGAAGAUGCUCAUUUGAAUAAUUAUCACACAAAAAAAAAAGGUUUAAUACCUGCUGGUGUUGGAUUGCUACGUUUGAUUUUUUUUUUGCUUUGGUUUCUCGUUGGGUUGAGUUGUCAGCCGCAGCCGCCACCAGAGUUUGGUGCUGAAUUCAACUGUUUCAUUGGCGUUGCUAGGUCACUAAGAUAUUUUUCAGUUUUAUAACUGCCAGUGUACGCUCACCCAUGUUUCGUUAAACUGAGUAUUUAUUUAAAAUGUGACGCUGUACAGUGGUUUGGACUUUUGUUGCCAACAGCUGUGGGGUAUAAACACUGACUUUUAAGAGUUAAAAGUUAAAAGUAUAUGUCUCCAUCGCUGGAAGAUAAAUUGUGCAAUAUAGGAGUAGAGCAAGUUUUUUGGGGGGAGGUUGGGGGAGGCAGGAAGAUAAUACAGAUCUUUAAAAGACAGCUGCAGUGUAUGCUCAAAGCCAUGGGGAGGCAGCAUUGCACCAGCCAAUCAACUUGAGAGCAGAGCAUCUGUCGUAAGACGUGUCUAACUUAUCAAUCACAGCCUCAACACGUGUCACAGAUAAACUUUGUGUUUCCAAAGCACUUGUGUUACGUCUGAGUUUUUUUGUUUUGUUUUUUUGUGUUUUUUUUCAUCACUGUGUAAAUAAACUGUUGUACAAUGGAGCCACACGGUUCUUUCGGUCUCUGUCGAGCCUAGCAAGAGAUGGGACUUUCUGACUAUUAUAAUAAAUGCUUUUAUUGUUGGUAAAAUUUGUUAUUGUUAUUAUACAUAUUUUGUUAAUCGGGUCAAAUAUUUGAACAAGGCAGAUGUAUCUGAUGUUUCGAUGUACAAAAAAAAAAACAACUCCUGUAUGCAUUGUAUUAUAGCUGAGAAAACAAUCGCUUUGGUAAUCAAACAUGGAAGUGCCAGGGUGAGAGGGUAUCAACGAGAGGAAACCACGCAGGAAACCUGAACAUGUUUCUGUUUGUUACUGUCCUCCAUCGAUGUCAAUGGGCGUAUUUUUAAAUCCGGAUGAUGCCGAAAAAGAAAAAGGACCUGGAAGGCUCAUUGUAAACUUUGCCUUUUUUGCCGCAGUGUCUCUCUUUUAUUCAGUAUACACCUUUAUAUUCUGUGCUGCACAUGUCACAAAUAAAUGUACGAUGAACAUCGUUACACCCCGGAGGGAUUGCAUUAUGUCCAGACAAUCUUAGGCCAAUAAAACAAACGUCAACUGCUUCAACGUCAGCUGCCUGUCAAUGACGUUUCUAUCGGUUUGUGAAAAUGUUUCUGUCAGACGGAAAUGUUGCCGCGGUGCUAGG